UUUGUCUCCACCACCGGUCAGUCUCUCCAAGACACGCGGCCCGCAGCCCAGUCCAGCACCCCUGCCGAUCCGAAGAGCUAGAGACACCCCUGGGGUAGAAAAAGGAACAAGGACAGGUGUUUGGCGCGGUUGUUACCCUCGUUGAAGCAGUUGAAGUUGAGGUGUCGCUGAGCAGCAGCCCAUCGGAAAAGGCGCCGGCGGUGGGCCGGGCCGGGGACGCCAUGGACCACAACGAGCAAUCCGCGCUGCUCCCGAGCCGACACGAGCCGACCGCGGGGAGCUCCGUCGGCUACUCGAGCAUCGUCAGGGUGGAGCCCGCCCCGGCACCUGCGUCCAGCAUCGGAGACGGCGACGGCGGGUUCCGAGCGCGCGAGUACGCGCGGCUGCGGAGGGUGGUGCUGUUCGUGACGGGCCUCACCACCGUGCUGAUCGGCGCCGGGCUGCUGGUCGGCCUCCUGGUGCCCGCCACCGUCCGCGCCGAGCCCGACUCAACGCCGGCGCUGGUCAUCCUGCCCGUCCCGUGAGAUGGGCCGCGCCCGCCGCCGCCCCGACCGCCCCCGAACAGCGCCGGCGUGUGGCGGGGUAGGCAGCCGAGCCGGCGUCGGCCGCAGGUUGGGCUGCCUACCCGCGCCGAGCAUGGGGCGCCUGACCGCCUGGACAACGGGUGUCCGAAUCCGAACUCCCUUCACUAGUAGCAGCUGCUACACUGCAGUGUCGCAGCCCGCAGAAGAUGGCAGGCGACUGAAGACAUGUAUAUGUAUAUAUUUGCUGCAAGGCUGUUGCUUUGCAUACAAAAAUGACUGUUGGAUAAGGAAGUUAAUUUAAUUAAAUUUUAACACUUAUAAAA